GUCUUGGAAACAUCGUGUACAAGGGUUAAAGUUCGAGAUAAAGCUACGUUUAGCAGUUUAGUGUGUUUAAAGGUGCCAAGUCGUUGACUUUUUGAACACUUCAACGUCAAAGGGAUUUCAGCCGGUAGACCCAAAAGUGUUGGGUAGGUCAAAUAGUCCAAACAGGGCACAAAGAAGAAGAAUCAGAUCAGAUGUUGUCCUCCAUGACUCCUUCUGUCCUCUUAAAUACUGGGGUUAAGAUGCCCCUCCUGGGUUUGGGGACCUACAAGUUGUUGGCUCCUGAAGAAGUGUACCAGGCAGUGGACGCAGCGCUGGCUGCAGGUUAUUGGGCGUUUGACAGUGCAGCUGUCUACCGGAAUGAAGCUGAGUUGGGUCGAUCCCUGAAGGAGCUCCUGCCCAAACAUGGCUUAACCAGAGAGGAUGUAUUCAUAACCAGUAAACUGGCCCCUGAGGAUCAGGGUGAGAGGGCCAUGGAAGGAGCCCUUCACAGCCUGUCUCAGUUGGACUUGGGUUACAUUGACCUCUACCUGAUCCACUGGCCUGGCACACAGGGUCUGUUAGUGUCUGACCAACGCAACCCAGGCAAUCGAGCUCAGAGUUGGGCCUCACUGGAGGAGCUGCAUGCUCAGGGGAAGCUGAGGGCUAUAGGGGUGUCCAACUACACAGCAGCACACAUGAGAGAACUGAUGCAGAGCUGCAAAAUCCCUCCUGCAUUGCUACAGGUAGAGUUUCACCCACAGCUGUGUCAGAGAGACCUGAGGAGUGUGUGUGAGGAGUAUGGAGUGUGUUUUCAAGCCUAUUCCUCCUUAGGGAAAGGAGUGCUGGUCACUGACCCAGUAGUCAUGGAGGUGGCAAACAACUGUGGACGCACACCUGCACAGGUCCUGUUGCGCUGGGCUGUGCAGCAGUGCAUCCCGGUGAUUCCCAAGUCCUCAAAUCCAGACAGAAUAAAGGACAAUGCCAGAAUUUUUGACUUCACAUUGAGUGACACAGACAUGGACAGAUUGUCAGCUUUGGACUGUGGACAUAAGUACUGCAGGGAUCCAUCAGAAGUGGCUUGAUGGAGCACUCGUGGAACAAACAAUGUCUUCCCUUCCUCUUUAAUGAAUGCUGCUGUUAUUCAGUUCUGAUUGGCAGUGAUGCAGGGGUGGGAAACCAGAAAAAGGGAAAAAUCAGAGUUUAGACACAGACAGCUUAUUAGAGCUUUUCCUGGUUGUUUGCAUAUUUUACAUGACAGAUGCACCGGACUAAUGUAUUGAGGAUUUAGAUAAAUGUAUAUACUGGGAUAUCUGAGAAUCCAAGUAUUUUAGAUAUCACUGGCCAAUAAAUUGCCUUGUAAAUUGUGA